AUGCAUGUGUGUGUUUAUUUUACCAUUUUAGUUGAUUGGUGGCGUUCAUAUGGUGGUCGGGCAGUUGAGCUACAAAGGUUUGCAAAGCGUACUGUUAGUCUUUGUGCUUCAUCAUCCGGCUGUGAGAGGAAUUGGAGCGCAUUUGAACAUAUCCAUACCAAGAAAAGGAACCGGUUACAACACCGACUCUUGAAUGACAAUGUUUUUGUUUCAUACAACCGGAAGAACUUGGAUAGGUUUCAAAAGAGGCGUGAGAAGAUGGGUGGCAAUAGCUAUGACCCUCUAGUCAUUGAGGAUUUUGAUUGGGGCAAUGAGUGGGUUGACCCAACAAUACCUCCACCCCAAGGUGCUCGAGGGUGUCCCGAUGACAUUUCAUGGGAGCUUGUUGAUGAGGCUGUUGGUGCAAGUUCGUCGCUGCAAGGUCGCAACUUUCCUAGAGCUAGCACCAUGGCAAGGGGGGCCUCAAAUGUUAAUGUCCAGUACCAAAGGCAGCGCAAAAGGGCUGCUCCGUCACCAACAUUUCUUCAUGAAGAUGACGAAGAGGAUGACCAAGAACAACAACCAAGUAUCCCCAAUGGAGAGGAUGAUGAUUCAGACUUUCUUCAAGAUGAUGUUGAUGUGACCGAUGAUGAUGAAGAUCCAACUAGUGCUGACCAAGAUGGCAAAGACAACACAAAUACUACCAUCGAUGAGUUCGAUGAUGGCUAUUGA